GAUAAUGCAAUCAGUAACUACAAAUCGUUAUCAACAAUUGUAAUGUAGUCGGCAUCUGAGUUUUGGGUAACAGCGUCGUGUAAUAAUAAUCAUAAUUUUGUUGGAAUAUUAAAAUGGUUCAAGUUAAAGUAAAUGAUGGUGUAUUAGAAGGAGCAUUAGUUAAUAAUGAAUAUGGAGGGAAUUACUAUUCAUUUAAAGGUAUACCCUACGCGGAACCGCCUGUUGGAAAUCUUAGAUUCAAGGCACCCCAACCUGCGAAGCCGUGGGAAGGGAUUAGAGAAGCUAAAAAUUUUGGGCCCGUAUGCUAUCAAUUUGACAUGAUAAUGCGAAGAUUAAUACCAGGUAGCGAGGACUGCUUAUAUUUGAACGUUUACUCGCCUGACAUUAAACCAUCUAAACCUCUGCCAGUUAUGGUGUGGAUUCAUGGUGGAGGAUUCAUGUCGGGUAGUGGCAAUGAUGAUCUAUACGGUCCAGAAUUUCUAGUUAGACAUGGCGUGAUUCUAGUCACAUUCAACUACAGACUGGAAGUACUCGGUUUCCUGUCUCUUGAUACGGAAGAAGUUCCUGGCAAUGCGGGAAUGAAAGAUCAAGUAGCAGCGCUAAGAUGGGUUAAAAGCAACAUUAGUAAUUUUGGUGGAGAUCCUGAAAAUAUAACAAUUUUCGGUGAAAGUGCCGGUGGUGCCAGCGUCUCCUACCAUUUAAUAUCGCCGAUGUCUAAAGGUCUUUUUAAGAGAGCUAUUGCACAGAGUGGAACUACACUGUGUCCCUGGUCAAAUGUUAGUGAACCACUUGAGAGAGCAUUUGUUUUCGCUAAAAGGCUCGGAUACCAAUCUGAUGAUCCAAAGGGGUUAUAUGAGUUCUUCAAAAGCGUGCCUGUAGAAUCACUUGUUCAAGUCAAUAUACCAAUAACAAGUAUCGAAAGCACUAAAAAGACGGGCCAUAUUACAUUUAGUAUAGUGGAUGAAAAACAAUUUGGUAAUAAUGAAAGAUUUUUUUAUGGCGAUAGUAAUGACGUACUUCGCAAUGGAAUAAAUGAUGGUGUAGAAGUUAUAGUUGGAUAUACCGAAGACGAAGGUGUAAUUAGUCUUGGUUUAAGUAACCUUAAUGAAUUUAAAGAUAAUGUGAAUACUUUCUUAGAGUUUUUAAUUCCUAAACCUAUACUAACAAAUUGUUUACUAAAUGAGCAAAUUGAACUUGGAAAAAAAUUAAGAAAACAUUAUUUUGGAAACAACUUACUUUCUACGACAGGUCUCAAGGAGAAAAUGAUUAAAUAUUACUCAAUGGAUAUGUUUGCAUAUGGUGCAAUCCAAUGGGCCAAAAUUUGUAAAAGUUCAAGUAAAAACACCGUAUAUCUAUACAGAUUUGGAUAUAAAUCAGAAAGAAACAUUCUUGGUGUAGUUUUAGGAGGGGAGAAUGUUUUCAGGGAUAGACCUGUAGUUAGCCAUGCAGACGAUUUGCCAUACUUAUUCCCGAUGACUGCAAUAUUUAGUCUCCUUGGUCAAAAGCUCGAUCAAGCAUCAGAAACCUUUAAACUUGUUGAUAAUCUUACUCAACUAUGGACUAAUUUUGCAAAAUAUGGGAAUCCGACACCUGAUGGAAGCUUAGGUGUAACAUGGUCACCGUACACAAUAGAAAAACAAGAUUACCUGAACAUCAGCAAUGAACUGUCGACUGGCACAGCUCCGGACAGAGAAGAAGUAGAAUUUUGGGAAGAUAUUUACAGGAAAUACCAGCCUAAAUUUGUAUAUGACGGAUAAGAUCAAAAAAUGCAACAAUUUAAUUAAAUUUGUUAUUA